AAAAAUGGCCAACAGGUUGCUAUCAAAGUAUUUUCAAAUGUUGACUCUCGUCAAAUUACGCAGGCGAGACUUCGAGAGACCGAACUCCUGAAAUCGGUUGACCAUAGGAAUGUCAUGCAACUCUUUGCAUGUGAGAGUGAGAUUGGAUCGGGUCAGUAUGUUAUUGUUAUGCCAUACUGUCAGUGUGGCAGUGUAUAUAACCUUUUAGAACAACCUCAAAACGGAUUUGGUUUCCAGGAAAAAGAAUUUCUAACGUUUCUGAAAGAUAUAACAAGUGGUCUGAAAUACCUCAAUCAAAAAGGGGUAAUUCACAGAGAUAUUAAGCCUGGAAAUAUAAUGAAAAAAGUUGAUGAAGAUGGGAGCCCAGUAUACAUAUUAACUGAUUUCGGAGCCGCAAAGGAGUUAGGGGAAGAUGAAACCUUUAUGUCUAUUUAUGGAACAGAAGAAUAUAUUCACCCGGACAUGUUUCAAAGGGCCGUGUUACGUCAACCGGGUCAACAGCAUUUUACAUCAUCGGUUGACCUUUGGAGCAUGGCUGUGACGAUAUAUCACGUAGCAACCGGAAAACUCCCAUUUCAAGCGUUUGGGGGCAGGAAUGACUCUCGUAUGAUGUUCGAGAUCAUGGCAGGUAGACGGUCAGGUGAUGUGUCCGGUAUACAAAGAGAUCAAAAUGGACCUAUAGAUAGGUCUCAAAAUUUACCUGACAACUGUUAUAUAUCCAGGGGAUUAAGAAAACUUAUAGAGCCAAUUUUAGCUGCCUUGUUUGAAAUAAAUACGGCUCGUGCAAUGACGUUUGAUCAGUAUUUCAUCGCAGUUAAUGACGUCAUACAGAUGAAGACGCUUAAAAUGUUCUGUGCCCAGACUGGCACCCAGACAAUUCUGUAUCUCCAUAAAACAGACUGUUAUACUCACAUACAAGAGAAGAUCGCUUCUUUAACAGAAAUUCCAGCUGAUCGCCAGUUACUUUUAGGUCACACAGAGCUCAAAGAAAUCGUCGAAAGUCAUGAACAAAUCCAAACUUUUCCGAAGUCCGUCCAAAAUGCUCAGUUGUUUUUAUUUGAAAGAGAUAACUAUGAAUGGCCAAGGAUUAUUAUUUCAAGCUUGCCUCCAUUUCCGUCCUUCACCGUAAAUUCGUCGCUAAGCUCAGAUUCUGCUGUUGCUAAGAAAUGUGCAGCCAUCGCUUAUUUCAUCGAAUGGAAGACCAAGGAAUCUCAAUCUUUACAAAAUUUCUUAUUAGAGUCAAAACUUUAUCUUAGGUUGUAUGUUCAACAUAAACUGUGUCCAAUAGACAAGGUUGUCCCUGAGUUAGAUAAGGCUCUUGGUCUUACCAGAAAGAGAAUAGAUUGUUUACAAAUAUCACAAACUAACGUCGUGCUGGAAAUGAUGCAUUCAGAAAACGGUAUUUUCAAACAACUCAAAACUCACGUGGAAACAUUCUGUGAUGGUGGCGGAUAUAUUAGUGACCUGGUGAACAAGACAAACACACGUUGUGAAGAGAUAAAGUUAUAUCUUAGUGUGCUUGGUCAACGUAUGAAGGAGGGAUCUACCCCUACAGAUCACAUGGGUUGUCAUGACGACGAUUAUUGUUUGCCAAGAAUUGAACAUAUUCGACAAGGUAUCCAAACUGUGUCAAGUACAUUCUCUAAACAUAAGAAAUGUGGAGAGCUGCUCCCUCAUGAAAAAUUUAUACACCAAGUCGAAAGACAAAAGCUUGAAGAUUUAUGCGUGAAGAUUGUGUCACUAUUUCAAAGCCAUUGUCUUGAGAACUUGAAACGUGUCCAUGUUGCUGUUAACAAGCAUUUAAGUGUUUUAUUGAAGCAUUUAACAAGAACAGGGAAAGUGGAAACAAACAUAAAAUGUGUUGUUGAUUGUGAGACACAAGUUAAUGAAAAACUUGACAAAAUAGAUGAGUGUUAUGGCACUGUGUCUGAGUUACUGAAAAGUAAUAUCAAGACAAUAGUUGACAGCCCAGAUCUUGUUCGUAAAAAGGCUAAACUUGAUCAAAGUGAAUCAACAGAGAUAACAGAUAUCUCGGAACCAUCAUCUGGCUCUGCAACAGAAAAAGGUGAAAAGGCACUUCCAAUGAGGCGCUUUCUGUCUGAGGUUACGAAGUAUGAAACAGAGAAAUAUGAGCUGGAUUCUCUAAUGGAUUCAAACACGCAAUCACUGCUUGAAUUAAAAAAAACGUUACAAGAAACAAAUCGCCUGAGUUUGACAUCGUUCCAGAGUGAUAAAAGGUCUGUUGAAUGUACAAAACCAACAGACUCCAAUGCUGCAUCAGGAUUUUUUUGACGCAACUAGAGACAAAUAAAUACUUGAUUGACACAGAAGACAUUUAAGAAUAAUUAAACAUAACUGGUGUUUUACUGUUGUAUAACUUAUACAGGUAAAACUUGAGAAAUCGAUGUACAUUUCUUCUGAAUGUUUGUUUUGCUGUUGUUGUUGGCGACGCCGGUGAGCGGCGUCGUCUCUUAUGGAAUGCUUUUUAUUUUGGCUGGAAAGAGCUGUUAUUAUUAGCAGUUGAUGUCAGGUUGUGUUAAUUAGUUUUAUUUUGAUUCGUAAAAAUCAAGUAAACAAAUAUGUAGUUAUAUAUGUAUUUAAUAACUUUAUGUAAAGCUGUUAUUAUUAGCAGUUGAUGCCAUGUUGUGUUAAUUAGUUUUAUUUUGAUUCGUAAAAAUCAAGUAAACAAAUAUGUUGUUAUAUAUGUAUUUAAUAACUUUAUGUAAAGCUGUUAUUAUUAGCAGUUGAUGCCAUGUUGUGUUAAUUAGUUUAUUUUGAUUCGUAAAAAUCAAGUAAACAAAUAUGUUGUUAUAUAUGUAUUUAAUAACUUUAUGUAAAGCUGUUAUUAUUAGCAGUUGAUGCCAUGUUGUGUUAAUUAGUUUUAUUUUGAUUCGUAAAAAUCAAGUAAACAAAUAUGUUGUUAUAUAUGUAUUUAAUAACUUUAUGUAAAGCUGUUAUUAUUAGCAGUUGAUGCCAUGUUGUGUUAAUUAGUUUUAUUUUGAUUCGUAAAAAUCAAGUAAACAAAUAUGUUGUUAUAUAUGUAUUUAAUAACUUUAUGUAAAGCUGUUAUUAUUAGCAGUUGAUGCCAUGUUGUGUUAAUUAGUUUUAUUUUGAUUCGUAAAAAUCAAGUAAACAAAUAUGUUGUUAUAUAUGUAUUUAAUAACUUUAUGUAAAGCUGUUAUUAUUAGCAGUUGAUGCCAUGUUGUGUUAAUUAGUUUUAUUUUGAUUCGUAAAAAUCAAGUAAACAAAUAUGUUGUUAUAUAUGUAUUUAAUAACUUUAUGUAAAGCUGUUAUUAUUAGCAGUUGAUGCCAUGUUGUGUUAAUUAGUUUUAUUUUGAUUCGUAAAAAUCAAGUAAACAAAUAUGUUGUUAUAUAAUUAUGUAUUUAAUAAAUUUAUGUAAAAAGCAUGUGCAUUAUGGAAUGCCGGUAGGGACAUGCCAAUUUGCUUAUUUGCCAAUUGCUGAAUUGCUUAUUUGCUUAUUGCCGAUUUGCUUAUUUGCCAAUGGCUGAUAGUCUUAACGACAAAUUUGCUUAUUUGCCGAUUGCUGAAUUGCUAAUUUACUUAUUUGUUAACCGCUGGUUUACGUAUUUGCUUAUUUGCCAAUUGCUUAUUUGCUUUUUUGCAAUAGAAAUAGUUUACACUGUGCCGGAAGUAUAUGGAAAAUCUGACUACAGACAACCAGUUGAGUCAGAUCUGUUAACUUUGACCAACAGUAUUCUUGUAAAUUCAGUGUUUUUCCAAGAAUACUGUUGGUCAAUGAAUUUAGUUGCAGUGAUGCCUACGCAGAUAUAUGUCUACAACUGAUGGCUGACAUGUCCUUUAGAACACAGACGCUUGGGGGUCAGAUCCCAUACCCCAACAUGAUACGUGCCCCUGUAAACACUCUAUUUAAAAUAAUAUUAAUAUUUAAACACGAAUUGGACAUCGUUAAAACUGGUUUUCAAGCAAUUUUUACAUAUACCGGUAUGAAAAAAUACCAUAUACCACCAAGUCUCAAUAAAGUACUUAAUGGUUUUAUCGUUGUAACAAAUGUCCAAUUCGUAUUUAAAUAAAUAUUAAAAUAGUUUUGAUAUAGUGUUUACAGACGCGUAUCACGUUAGGGGCAGGAUCUGACCCGCAAGCAUCUGUGCUUGAGAAUGCCUUAUAAUGUGUUGCAGCUAUAGAUCUGUUUGUGCAGCUUAAGUCAGAGAUUGAUGGCAUAAUAAACACUUGAUUAGUCAUAUGUAAGUGAAAAUUAUUGGGUAAAGAUUGAAAAUAAAAGAACUUGAAAACAAAA